AUGUUUGGUGUAUCAAGUCAAAAGAUAGAAAAUGCCGAGAAUGAUUGGGUACCAGGAGAGAAAUUAGAAAUAAUCAAAAUAUUGGCAGACUUUUUCGGUAGGGUUCUGAGAAAGUCGCCAACAGAAUUAACGACAUGUGUUUAUCUGUGUGUUAAUCGUCUUGGUCCUUCAUAUGAAGGGGUGGAAUUAGGCAUAGCUGAAGGAACUUUAAUGAAAGCGAUUGCACAAGCAACGGGUCGGAAGAUUGAUAAACUGAAGGAGGAUUUGAAUCGGAAAGGAGAUUUAGGUUUGGUUGCACAGAUGAGCCGGUCAAACCAGUAUAGGUUGUUUACUCCAGCACCUCUCACAGUUAAUUCGGUUUUCCAUAAAUUACAAGAUGCCGCUAAAGCUUCCGGAACUGCGGCAAUGAGCAAGAAACUUGACAUUAUAAAGUCUCUUGUAGUGGCCUGUCGUGAAUGUGAAGCUCGAUACCUUGUUAGAAGUUUGAGUGGCAAACUGCGAAUUGGUCUAGCUGAGCAAUCUGUACUUGUAGCUAUUGCCAACGCCUUUACUAAAUUUGAAGUUGAAGGAAAAGGUCAGAAAUUGAACAGCGAAGAAAUGAAGGAACGACUUGCUGGAGAUGCUUUAGUGGUCAAAAGUGCUUAUAGUGAGUGCCCGAAUUAUGGUAAAAUUAUAGAAACGCUUCUGGCUGAAGGUGUUUCGCAACUAGCUGAAAGGUGCAAAGUUACUCCUGGUAUACCUAUAAAGCCGAUGUUAGCACACCCCACUAAAGGAGUUACUGAAGUAUUUAAACGAUUUAGUGAUUCUCUUUUCGCUUGCGAAUUCAAGUAUGACGGAGAAAGAGCUCAACUCAAGAAAGAUUAUAUGGACAGCAUUGGAGAUACUGUUGAUCUUGUUGUCAUUGGGGCUUAUUAUGGAACAGGGAAAAGAACAGGUGUUUAUGGAGGGUAUUUGCUUGCGUGUUAUAAUGCGGCAAGUGAAGAGUACGAAAGUAUAUGUAAGGUGGCGAUUGGUACGGGUUUCAGUGAUGAUGAUCUUCGUAAGCAGCACGAAUAUUUUUCAGUGCUUAAAAUUGAAAAGGCCCGUCCUUAUUAUGUUUAUGAUUCUGCAGUGGAAGCGGAUGUAUGGUUCGAUGCAGAGGUUGUUUGGGAAGUAAAAGCAGCUGAUUUAUCAAUAUCCCCGAGGUAUCUCGCAGCGAAAGGGAUUAUCGAUCAAGAGAAAGGAAUUUCAUUACGUUUUCCUCGUUACGUUCGCAGGCGUAUAGAUAAAACAGCUGAGGAGGCUACAACUUCACAGCAGAUAGCAGACAUGUACAGCAACCAGGAGCAAAUAAAAAAUGUAGGAUCUGCAGUUGCUGCUAAUGAUCAUGAUGAUGAAUAUUAUUGA